GGCGGCGGGAGCGCGGCUGCACCGCCCCGGAGGAGCGCGGCGAGGCUCGCCAUGGUGGCGCGGCUCUGACCGCCUGCCCCCGGUGGGGACGGCCGCAGGGCGGCGACCCGUGCCCCGGCGGGCGGGGGCGCGGGAUGACGGGGGUGCUGGAGAGUCUGAUGCCGGACAUGCACACCAGCCAGAUCUCCGCCAGCAGCUACCACCAGCACGGCGGCCUGCACAAGCCGCAGGAGUCCCCCACGCUGCCCGUCUCCACGGCCACCGACAGCAGCUACUACACCAACCAGCAGCACGGGGCAGCGGGCGGGCCGCCCUACGGCCCCGUGAGCUCCUACCCCUACGCGGGCGGCGGCACCGCCCCCUACUCUGCCAAGGCCGCCUACGACGUGGGUUACGGGGGCGCCUACGGCUCCUACGGGCCCUACGGCAGCAGGGCCUCCCCAGCCAUCAAUGACUCUGGUACGUCCGAGCCCCGCGUGGGGGACGGCUCGGUGAGCCUGGCGAGGAGGCGAUCGGGCCUCUGGACACGGGGUGGGCCGGGAGAGCGCUCGUUCCCGGCGGGUCGCCCCGACGGGGAGGGCGGUGAUGCCGAGCUGCGAGCAGGGCCCGAGGUGGCGGGGGCGCCUCGCCUCACUGCGGUUGCCGUUUCUGCCGCAGCAGAGAAGGAAGACUGCGAGCCGGAGAUCAGGAUCGUGAACGGGAAACCGAAGAAAGUGCGGAAGCCUCGGACCAUCUACUCCAGCUUCCAGCUGGCGGCUCUGCAGCGGCGCUUCCAGAAAACCCAGUACCUCGCCCUGCCCGAGAGAGCGGAGCUGGCGGCCUCCCUCGGCCUCACCCAGACGCAGGUCAAGAUCUGGUUUCAGAACCGCCGCUCCAAGUUCAAGAAGAUGUGGAAGAGCGGAGAGAUCCCAGCGGAGCCGCCUCCCCGCCGCAGUUCUUCGCCACCGUCUCCCUCCUCGCCCCCCGCCUGGGACUUCGCUCCGCACCCACGUACCGCGGGCGGCGCCGGCACCGCCAGCCCCAGCCCCGCCGCCGCCUUCCUCGGUAGUUACUCGUGGUACCCGCCGGCCCCCGGCGGCCCGGCGCACCUGCCGGCGGCCGCUCCCCUCCCGCAGCCGGCGCAGCCCCCGCAUCACCACGGCAGCGGCAACAUCUUCUAGGUGCUGUAGUAGAGACUUGAGCCCGAGGGCCGCACCCGGCAGCCGCGGGGCACCGACGUGCAGCACUGGUGUUUUGGUGAAGCCUGGCUCCGGCCUCGGCCAUCCCGGCGGAGAGGAACUGCUCCGCGCCCCGUCCCGCCCCAUUGCCGCCGCCGGCGGGGCCCGUGUGCAGUCGGCCCCACGGGGUCCUCCCUCCCUCCCGCCGUGAAAACAACCAUGCUGCGAAACAAGUACUCACCUCCCUCCCUCCUCUCCCUCUAUCUUCAUCCUCUUCCCCGGCAUUUUCAUCAAACCAUCGGUGCAGAACUCUGGUUAACUUUACUUUUUAUUUUUUUAAAGUUGACAGGUGCCUUUGCGGAUAACCUCACUUUGAUGCUGGGGAUUAAAAAAAUAAAACGAUUAAAAAAAAAAGAUAAAUAAUUUUUAUAUGUAGAUUUAAAACAGAAGCCUCCCAUGUUUAAGGUAUCCGUUUUAGCCGUGAACGAAACGGGGGCGGGGGCCGGUCGCAGGCGGCAGUGCCGGUACGGCUCCCGCCCGUGCGCUGCCUCCGGGCUGGUUUCGUGCCCCGACGGGGCUUCCGCGCCUCGGGCGCCAGCCGCAGCGAGCUCUCCUCUCCACCCCCCCUCCGCUCUUCUCCCACUGGCAACCUAGCCACUGACAUGCCCCUGAUCUCUUUGGUGUCUAGCGUCGUGAAAAAAAAAAGUAUUUUUGGUUAUUUAUUAUGGAAAACUUAUACACUCAUUAAUGUUUCUUUUACAAUAAGCAGAGAGUAUUUAAAUAAAUUAUUGUU